CGUCCCUCCCUGCGGCUGUCCGGUGACCCGCAGAUGCACGCGGACAUCGCUGUCGCGUCGGGACGCGCUGGAUAGCGAGGCUUCUGUGGCGUUGCGGGCGAGCGGCGCGGGCAGGCUGGGGUCCUUGCGGGUCCUCCGCGGGCCCGGAGGAGGGCCCUCUUUGUGGCUGCAGUUGGCAAGAUGGCGCCGGUGGGGGUGGAGAAGAAGCUGCUGCUGGGCCCCAACGGGCCGGCGGUGGCGGCCGCCGGCGACCUGACCAGUGAAGAAGAGGAAGGCCAGAGUCUAUGGUCUUCAAUCUUGAGCGAAGUGUCCACCCGGGCCAGGUCCAAGCUGCCGUCCGGCAAGAACAUUCUGGUGUUCGGUGAAGAUGGGUCUGGUAAAACAACUCUUAUGACCAAACUACAAGGAGCAGAGCACGGCAAAAAAGGAAGAGGCUUAGAGUACCUGUACCUCAGCGUUCACGAUGAGGACCGCGAUGAUCACACCCGCUGCAACGUGUGGAUUUUAGAUGGAGACCUCUACCACAAAGGCCUGCUGAAGUUUGCAGUUUCAGCCGAGUCUCUGCCGGAGACUCUGGUCAUCUUUGUUGCUGACAUGUCUAGACCUUGGACUGUAAUGGAAUCUCUAGAGAAAUGGGCUAGUGUUUUACGUGAGCACAUCGACAAGAUGAAAAUUCCACCAGAGGAAAUGAGGAAUCUGGAACGGAAAUUUAUGAAAGAUUUUCAAGAUUAUAUCGAGCCUGAAGAAGGAUGUCAGGGUUCCCCACAGAGGAGAGGGCCUCUGACCUCUGGCUCGGACGAAGACAGUGUUGCCCUCCCCCUGGGUGACAAUGUGCUGACUCACAGCCUAGGGAUCCCAGUGUUGGUGGUGUGCACAAAGUGUGAUGCAGUGAGCAUACUGGAGAAAGAGCACGAUUACAGGGACGAGCACUUGGACUUCAUCCAGUCACACCUGAGGAGAUUCUGCCUGCAGUAUGGAGCUGCCUUGAUUUACACCUCAGUGAAGGAAGAGAAAAACCUUGACUUGCUGUAUAAGUAUAUUGUUCAUAAAACAUACGGCUUCCACUUUACCAUCCCUGCCUUAGUUGUGGAAAAGGACGCAGUGUUUAUACCUGCAGGCUGGGACAAUGAAAAGAAAAUAGCUAUUUUACAUGAAAAUUUUACAACCGUGAAGCCAGAAGAUGCAUAUGAAGAUUUUAUUGUAAAGCCUCCUGUGAGAAAGCUGGUCCAUGACAAAGAGUUGGCAGCAGAGGAUGAACAGGUGUUCCUGAUGAAACAGCAGUCACUCCUUGCCAAGCAGCCUGCCACGCCCACAAGAACCUCCGAAUCCCCUGCCAGAGGACCCUCAGGCUCUCCAAGGACACAGGGUCGGGGUGGACCAGCUAGUGUGCCAAGCGCCUCCCCAGGAACAUCAGUAAAGAAGCCAGAUCCAAACAUCAAAAAUAAUGCAGCAAGUGAAGGGGUAUUGGCCAGCUUCUUCAAUAGUCUGUUGAGUAAAAAAACAGGCUCUCCUGGAAGUCCUAGUGCUGGUGGAGUGCAGAGCACAGCCAAGAAGUCAGGACAAAAGCCUGUGCUGUCAAACGUUCAGGAAGAACUGGAUAGAAUGACUCGAAAGCCAGACUCCAUGGUUACAAACUCUUCAACAGAAAAUGAAGCCUGACCCUCCUCCAAAAGUGCAUAUGUCAAAUGACCAAAUAACUAUGUAUAUUCAUCUGAUAAGACCAGGAUUUUUCUGAUAUGGCACAUGCCAUCAGUUUUUGGGGGUAGGGGAGAUGAACUUUAAAAAAUAUAUAUAUACUUCAUUGGCUUGUCCGAGUGUGAAACGCACAUUUAGGAAGGUUACAUGUCAGGCCCCUUGUGAGGGAUGUCCCUUGGACUCUUGGGCUGCGGCUCUCCUGUGGGAAGCGAGUGCAGCUGGGCUUCUUGUAGAAUGGAGAAAGGAGGCCCACUUGCUAUCAGGGUGAAGCAAGGAGACUAGGAAGUCAUUGAUCAGACGGUGGUUAGUGUGACCAGUUGUGUGAUGGCAAAUGCACCUGUUCUUGGGAAGUGGAUUAGGUAGCAGAAAGUCCAGGAAAGAGAAGAGUUGAGGAGGGAUGAGAGAAGUGCUGGUGGGGAGGCUGGACAGUGAGGGGCAUGGAGCAGUGAGCUGAGCGCCAUUAGGAAGUACGUGCACGGUAGAAGCCAAAUAGCAUCGCUCAAGACCUAACGUUAGAAGCAUUCCCAAAGUACGCGCUAACCAGCAUGGGACUCGGGCUUGAUCUGAAGGCAUCCUUAACUUACGGGAAGUGUGUUUUGUGUGGAGUUCCCGAGUGAGGUGGAGCUGACUCGAGCAGUGGAGAAGGUAGCG